CUUUUUUUUUCCCCUUUUUUUUUCCCCUUUUUUCCCCAUUUUUCCCCAAAAUCCCCAAAAAUGAAACCCCGCCCCCAAGCCUCGGAAAACGCGGGAAAAGAGGAAGGAGUCGCCCUAAAAAAGGAGAUCGGGCUCCUCAGCGCCUGCGCCAUCAUCGUGGGUAACAUCAUCGGCUCGGGCAUUUUCGUGGCUCCCCGCGGCGUCCUGGCGCACGCCGGCGCCGUGGGGCCGUCGCUGAUGGUCUGGGCGCUGUCGGGGGCGGUGACGGCGGCCGGGGCUCUCUGCUACGCCGAGCUGGGCGUGGCCCUGCCCCGCCCCGGCGGCGACUAUGCCUACGUCAGCCACGCCUUCGGGCCCCUGCUGGGUUUCCUGCGCCUCUGGAUCUCGGUGCUGGUGAUUUACCCGACCAACCAGGCCGUCAUCGCCCUCACCUUCGCCAGCUACGUCCUGCAGCCGCUCUUCCCCUCCUGCCGCCCUCCCGACAGCGCCCAGAGGCUGCUGGCCGCCGCCUGCCUGCUUUUGCUGACGUGGGUGAACUGCGGCAGCGCCCGCUGGGCCACGCGGGUGCAGGACGCCUUCACC